AUGGCGAGCUUCCUCUCACUUGAAGUAAAUCUGGUGAUGGUGCCUGUUCUGGUGCUUUUUCUUCUCUAUUGCGUUCCUAUCCGAGCCAUCUCCACGACGGCAGAGCGCAUCACUCGCCUCGUGGAAGGGCACAGCUUCAACGGCUUCACAAUCAUGUCCGCCAUGGCCAUCAUAUCGUCUUUCUCCUUCCUCUUCCACUUCCUCGAGUGGCACUCCAAGUAUAAUGCAAAGCAGCGCUUCACAGACAUCAGCUUGCAGCUGCAGCACGACAACAAGCGGCUUCGAGUGGAACGCAACAUGUACAUCCAGCUUAUUACCUGUGUCCUGUGCCUCGCCGUCAAGAAGUGUGCGGUACUUCAGGCCCGUCAAGAAUCUCGCCAGGCAGAGCGCACUGCCGACUCUCGCUCAACUGCAGCAACUGCCCACCCUAAGACAGCCUAG